AUGAUUCCUGGCUAAAGCAGGACAGAAACUAGGAACUGGUGAUCAUUGGGAGCUUACAGGUGCCAUUUUUGUUUUAAUUCUUCCAGAAUAGGUGGAGAGGUGAGGCUCUUUGGAAUUCCACACUCUGCGGCAUAUUUUGGGACCCACUUCUCCAUCUCCAUCCCCAUGUCCCAUUCCCACUCUGGGCCCCUAGAAGCCUGUUCCUCUGCACAGUCCAGGACCUCCAGCCCCAUGGAGCCCCCGAUCCCACAGAGCGUCCCCUUGACUCCCAGCUCAGUCAUGGUCCAGCCCCUACUUGACAGCCGUAUGCCCCACGGCCGCCUCCAACACCCACUCACCAUCCUCCCCAUCGACCAGAUGAAGACCAGCCACGUGGAGAAUGACUACAUAGACAACCCCGGCCUGGUGCCCCCCAUUGGCCCUAAGAGGACCCGGGGUGGAGCCCUAGAGUUGGCCCCGACGCCUGCCCGCUGCGACCAGGACAUCACCCACCACUGGAUCUCCUUCAGCGGGCGCCCCAGCUCUGUGAGCAGCAGCAGCAGCACAUCCUCCGACCAGCGGCUCUUGGACCACAUGGCACCACCACCCGUGGCCGAUCAGGCCUCCCCAAGGGCUGUGCGCAUCCAGCCCAAGGUGGUCCACUGCAAGCCACUGGACCUCAAGGGCCCGACGGCGCCACCUGAGCUGGACAAGCACUUCUUGCUGUGUGAGGCCUGUGGGAAGUGUAAGUGCAAGGAGUGCGCAUCCCCCCGGACACUGCCCUCCUGCUGGGUCUGCAACCAGGAAUGCCUGUGCUCAGCCCAGACCCUGGUCAACUACGGCACCUGCAUGUGCCUGGUGCAAGGCGUCUUCUACCACUGUACCAACGAGGACGAUGAGGGUUCCUGCGCGGACCACCCCUGCUCCUGCUCCCGCUCAAACUGCUGCGCCCGCUGGUCCUUCAUGGGCGCCCUCUCCCUGGUGCUGCCGUGCCUGCUCUGUUACCUGCCUGCCACCGGCUGCGUGAAGCUGGCCCAGCGUGGCUACGACCGCCUGCGCCGCCCCGGCUGCCGCUGCAAGCACACGAACAGCGUCAUCUGCAAGGCAGCUGCUGGGGAUGCCACGGCCGGCAGACCCGACAAGCCCUUCUGACGCUGUGGGCUGAAGCCCCCGCGCUCCCCGUGAAAACCUGGUUCCCUCUGACACCUGAGAAGACCAGGACCAGGCGAGGCCAGAGGUUUCAGUGUCCUGGGGCUGCUUGCUGGUCUGCCCACUCCCACCCUCAGCUUCUGAAGAUACGGAGACCACCACUGCCCACCCACUCUUCCCCAAGAGGAUGAAGAAGCACUUUGGGUUUUGUUUUUUUGUUUUUUCAGGGUCCUGGAACUUUAUGGCAGACAGACAGUGGCAGGGGCGUGGAGUGGUUAGCAGGGGGCAGGGAGGGGAUUUUUCUUUUUCAGAAGACGGAACACAGAUGUGGACACAUAUCCGGAAGUUGCAGCUGCUUGAAUGCCUUCCCAGUCCCUCCUUCCCCCUCUCCCCCUAUCUUCCAUUCUCUUUGGCUGCUGGGAAGAAUCACUAACUGAGUGACCAAGGGACCUUUGAAGAAGACCCUUGAAACCCUGACGUGUAUACUUUUCCUCCUCCCCCAGCCCCCCAGGUUGCCCCAAUAGCUUGGGGAAGGCGAAGACCAUGGCAAUCCCUGUUGUAUAUACUUGGGACACUCCCCCACCCCCCUGCCAAGAGCAGAGGCCGGCCAGUGUGUCCAGGCCUCCUUCCCCACUCCACCUCCCUGAAGCCGCAAAUGGAUUUAGGAGCCACUACACAGUGCAUUUCUCCCUUACAACUUCAUCACUAACUCUUGGGGGUGUUCAGCUCAUAACACCGUCCUUCGGUUCUUACCGAGUCACAGACUCACCUGCCACUAUGUGUCCCAAGUUCUCUUUACCCAGAUCCUUUCCAGAAAUUUUGUGGGUAGAGAAGACUGGGACGGCACAUGCGAGACCAAAUAUCAUUUUGCCAAUGAGUCUGAGGCUGUGGUCUCUGGAUCCAGUCAUUAUGUUUUUAUAGAACAAUUAAACCAGAUGCUAUAACGGUGUUUUAAAAGAAACAAUAACGAAACAUUUGCUUCCUUUUGGGCCACCCCCAGGAAGGGCUGAUUUCAAAAUCUGGGGGGCAAGCAACCUCAAGGAACACAGUCCCCCUUCCCACCAAGAAGAGGAUUUUAACAGCAAAGAAGAGAGGCAACACCUCCCACUGGCAGAGCGACGGUAGAGCCAAGCUGGGUGUGCGUUUCUUCUCUUCUGAUUCUGCUGCUUGCUGUCAUAGCCUUUUGUGUACAGUGAUGUGUCUGUAUCUUUAAUGUAAAUAGACAGAUGAUGAAAAAAGAGUCUAUUUUAGUGUUAGGAAGCCCUGGCGGGGGAGGAAGAAGAGCAAGGGAGGUGGGAGAUUCUCCAGGGGCUUUUUGGGAUUGAGCCCUGCUUCUGUGCGUGGCCACACCACCCCUCCCAACAGCCCCCAAAGACGUAGCAACUCUCUCUCAAGGUGCUAAAGGACUCAAAAGUGCAGCACGUCCAGUGGGUAGGUACUUGUUGCAUGCAAAAGCUGUAUUGUGUCUGGUCCUUCCUCCCCAGCCAUUGCGCAGGGGUUUUUGCUUCCUGUGAUAUUUUGUGUGUCGUCCCACCCCUGUGAGAGGAAGUGGCCUGGGUCUAUAAAGCUACCCCAGGUGAACCUGGAAUUGCAGAAGGCAGACCAUGUGUAGCAUUUCCAGUUUGUUCUGUAGGAACAGAACCGCCUCCAGGAAGGAGGCAAGGAGGCAGGUAGCUGUGAUUGGCAUGCACCCAAUGCUUCUCAAGGACUUUUUUUUUCCUUCUUGAAGACUCUUAGUAACAUCUUAUGAUUUAGAAUAAGUUAAUCGUAACCGUAGGUAUUUAUUGAUUGGAGGAAAGGAGGGGAGGGUCUUAUUAUUUUAGGCUUUAUUUAUGUAACAUUUGCUAGCUUGUAAAAAGUAUGAAAUAUUGCAUCUGCGUUUCCUAAGGCUGAUUCAUGUAGCUACCCUUGCCACAGUCAUGAUGGAUGUAUAGAUGUUCUUGCACAAAUAGGAGGGAAUGGUAGGGAAAACAUUUGGCUAACCACUUUUGCUAAUUGAAUGUAUCAGAUGCGUACUGAAGGGACUGGAGACGUUUUCCUCAGAACAGGUGUGCAGAGGUCACCCCCAAAACGGAAGGGCACGCGUCCACUCUUGGCAAGGCCUCAGAAGUUUUCCCACGGCCCCUCUCAAAUGUCUCCAUGGGAAACUUGACCCAGUGGCAAGUUGCACUUUGGUGAUCUUGGUGUUCUACACACCCAUUCUGUGGAGAAUUGAUUUACAUAAGCUGUGUAUACACACACACACAAACUACACACCGACCCCACCGACCCUCUAUCUACACAGACCCUGUUUCCUGGCAAACAGCCUCCCGACCCCUGAUGAACCCUGACUUUUGUGUACAUAGUUGUAAACACAGAUUUUUCUGGUUUGGGUUUUCUUUUUUCUUUUUUUCUUUGCCCUGUUCUGGCUUGUUCUUUUUGGUUUGCAUUUAACCUGCUAGAUGGAUGUGUGCCGAGCUCCUGGUGCCCCCUGUGUUCAGUGGUAAGGGAAGCAGUGAAGCAGCUUUGGUUCUCCCAGCUCUGUUGCAGGGCAAGCCCUCAGCAUGUUCUUCUUGGCUUCUUGGCAAAAAAACAAGACUGGCUUGCCCAUGGGCCUUGGGGGCCAGGCAAGGGCCACUGAGGGACUGAACGCUCAGAAACCUGACACAUUUCUCUGGGUGCUUCUGGCUGAUUGUGUUUUUGUCAGCAGCGGCUUGCUUGGCUGGAUUAUGUCUCGUUUUAACCUUUUUUGAAAAGAGCCAGCUGGUUCCCACUUCAUUCAACCUGGGAUGGGUGGUGGUUCUGCCUGGAACAGAGGGUAAGGUCCAUAAGCCUGGGUCCAGGACACCUGUCCUAGUGGGCCGUGGCUGCUCCCACCCUGAGGGUGGGUCUGUGAAGGCCCAACACUCCCAAGAAGUACCCUGAGAACUGGCUCUAGGGUAGCCAAGACCUUCCAGAUAGAUGUUGGAGUGCAACCAAGGCUUCUCAUAGUCCCUGGCUGGAAGGAGGUGAAGACCAAUUCCCGCUGCUCGCAUGGGCCCCUUGAUAGCCAACAGAAGUGGAAGACCUUCACGUGAUAUGUCUAGAUCUUUCAGCAUUGUGAAGUCUGUGUGGGUCCCCAAGUGUACGCCAAGUGGGGCCCAGUUAGAUAAAGACUGGCCCAAGGUUGCACAACAGAGAAGGUACUGGUCAGAACCAAGCAUCCAGAUUUCAUCGUCUCGAAGCUUCGUAGUCUCCCACGCUGCCCCAGGAGAUGGCUGAUGGAGGCCGGGCAGCACGACUUUGCACUGCACCAGUUCACUAGGGCAUCACCCAAGCUUCACCGGCCUUCUGGUUCAUGCCUUCGGUAAGCACUUCCAUGCCCUCUGCUUACUGUGACAGUUGAUGACAAAUCUUGCGCUGCCAUUUUUGCUGUGUGGUGUCUUCUCUUGCUUUCCUUCUUACCACCCCACAGUCUGGUUUCGUGUUACAAACAGAAAAGCUGUUCCGAGGUUCCCACCUCACCACAUUCCUACUUCUUCUGGUCCCUCUUCAUGUAGCCCCUUCUCAUCCCACAACAAAAGUUACCACAGAAGGUUUCCUUUGUAUAGAAUAUUUAUUUUGAAGCUCUAUUUUAAUAGUAUUUAUUUUAGAAAGUCUACUAUUGUAAGAGUUCUUCUGUUUGUGAAGAAAAAAACAAGUUAAAAACUGAAUGUACUGAUCUAGAAAAUAUAUAUAAAUAUAUAUUGUUAAAUAUA